CCGUUGUGUUGAUUUGCUAACCUUAAAGGAGAGAGGAGUUAGUAAGCAUGAGAGCGGGCACUGCGAACUGUUUGGGUUAGGCUGCUGCUUUAAACAGCGCAUCUCUGCUCACAUACAUGCCUGCAGCGAGAGCUAGGGAAGGAAGAAGCCCGUCUGAGAGACUUGGCAGUUUCUUCUAUAAAACGCUUACGCAUACAUACAAGUCUGCAGAAAUAGAAUUCUUUUAUGGAUAGAGGUCAGCUGGAUCCCAGGCUUGGCCCAUCAUAAAAAGAAGCAAUCAGCCUAAUGACUGGACUCCAGGAGCAUUAUGGAUUUUACUAAUAUGGGUAUGAUACAGUUGCAGAACCCCAACCACCCUACGGGUCUUCUGCUGAAAGCCAACCAAAUGAGGCUGGCAGGGACCCUGUGCGAUGUAGUGAUAAUGGUGGACACUCAAGAAUUUCAUGCCCAUAGGACAGUAUUGGCUUGUACAAGCAAGAUGUUCGAGAUCCUCUUCCACCGAAGCAGUCAACAGUACACAUUAGACUUUUUGUCACCAAAGACUUUUCAGCAAAUUUUAGAAUAUGCUUACACUGCUACAAUGCAGGCUAAAGUAGAAGAUUUGGAUGACCUCCUGUAUGCUGCAGAAAUCUUAGAAAUAGAGUAUCUGGAGGAGCAGUGCUUAAAGAUCUUGGAAACCAUUCAAGCUUCAGAAGAGAAUGAUGGCGAACUCUGCACAGGAGACAGGGCUGUGGAAGAAGAAGAUGAAAGAAAAGCAAGGUUUAUCAAAAACAUGUUAAACACAAAGCAUUCCAGUGAUGAAAGUGGUUACACUAGCACGAGCAACCAGAACCUAGUGGAUCAGAGUCCAUCAGUGUCAACAUCUUAUGGACUUUCAGGCAUGAGCCCAACCAAGACUGCUGUAGAUAGUUUAAUGACUAUUGGCCAGUCUUUACUUCAAGGAGCACUGCAACAAAAUGCGCUAGAUUUGCACUCCACAAAUAGGCUUCAGAGCCUCUCCGAGAUAAAAACAGAAGUCAUGCAAGUUGAUGAGCCCUCCAACCAAGAAAGCCCAACAGCAGAGUCCAGUGCUUCUAGUGGGGAUAAAUCUGAUAGCAAAAGCAGUCCAGGAACGCCAACUCGCAGUAGUGUAAUCACAAGUGCGCGAGACCUGAGUUUUAGUCGUGAUGAGACUACACCCGAUCAGUCUGUGGAGUUGGGUCAAGGUCUUCAUGUUACUCAAGAGCAUGCAGUAUCCCAAGCAGAGAAACAUCUCAGUGUCUAUUCUGUACUCCCUAACCACAAAGGUGAAUCAAUGAUCAGCAUGCCAACCUCUAUGGCAACUGCUCUUCAUAUGCAGCCAUCUCUGGCUGUAUCUAUGGACUUUAGUGCAUAUGGAGGACUACUCCCACAAGGUUUUCUCCAGAGAGAGUUGUUCAACAAGCUUGGAGAACUUGCAGCUGGUAUGAAGAAUGAAGGCAACAGCCUUAAUGAGCAUUGUAGUGUAUGUGGAGCAAAUCUUCCUGAUAAUGACUCAGUGGAACAUCACAGGAAACUGCACAGUGGUAUGAAGACCUAUGGGUGUGAGCUCUGCGGAAAAAGAUUCCUGGAUAGUCUGAGGCUGCGAAUGCACUUGUUGGCUCAUUCAGGAAUAACUGGUAUGUCUCUGUCAGCAGCUGGGGCGAAGGCAUUUGUGUGUGAGCAGUGUGGAACUCAGUUUUCUAAGGAAGAUGCAUAUGAUGCGCACCGGAGGACACACUCAGGCUCGGACAUGGCUGUGUUCUGUCUACUUUGUGGAAAGCGCUUUCAGACACAGACUGCCCUGCAGCAGCACAUGGAGGUCCAUGCAGGAGUGAGAAGCUACAUCUGCAGUGAGUGCAACCGGACUUUCCCCAGCCACACAGCACUCAAACGCCACCUACGCUCACACACAGGUGACCAUCCUUACGAGUGUGAGUUCUGUGGCAGCUGCUUUCGGGAUGAGAGCACAUUAAAGGGACACAAGCGCAUCCAUACAGGGGAGAAGCCUUAUGAGUGCAAUGGCUGCGGGAAGAAAUUCAGCCUCAAACAUCAAUUAGAAACGCACUACAGGGUUCACACAGGUGAGAAGCCCUUUGAAUGCAAACUGUGCCACCAGCGUUCCAGAGACUACUCUGCCAUGAUCAAACAUCUCCGAACCCACAAUGGAGCAUCUCCUUACCAGUGUACCAUCUGCCUGGAGUACUGCCCAAGCUUGUCUGCCAUGCAGAAACACAUAAAAAGCCACAAGCCUGAAGACAUACCUGCUGACUGGAGAAUUGAGAAAACCUACCUAUACUUAUGUUAUGUGUAAAUGGACAAGCCAAGAUUGUGUUGGGGGUGAGGAAGGAGGUGUUUGGAACACUGAGCAAUAUAAAGAGUUUGAAAAACCCAUUGAAGGGCAAAAAAAUCAAACACAUCCAAAAUGUUUGGCCCUUUUAUGGAGUACCAAAAGCUACUGUGAUGCAGUUGUUCAGAGGAACAAUAUUUCUCUCAUUUAUCUUGACAGACAGAUAUCUCGGUAUCACACUAGACAGAGAUGAUGCACUGCAACCUGUUUCUUGAGAGAUGUUAAAAGGAUUCUGUGAUAUUGCUCUAGAAAUUCACAUUGUUACCUAAAUGUGCGCCUCACCCCAUGGAUGUCAAUGGUUUUCCAUUUCUUCAGCAUUUGAGUAUUACAAGUUAGUGGACAGCUUUAUUAAGAGUAGGAGAAACACUGGUGCUUCAAAUAUGAAAGUGUAUAUUUUGGCAGACUGGAUCCAAGACGGCUGUGGGCCCCAAUGUCUUGAGAAGCUGGUGUUCGAAACAAGAUCAUUUAAAGCAAAUCCCGAUACUAUCCUAAUGAGAAUUCCAGCACAGUAUUGACUUUAACUCAGUUUACACUUCAUCUCCACAGAAAGGACGCUGAAAAGAAGGUCUGCUGACCCAGAUGAAUAAUUACCGCAUAAGGCCAUAAUCAUUAGUUGUACGAUACAUAAAUUUUAUAUUUGUACAUUGAUUCAAUAAUUUCCCUAUUUUUGUAGCACUGGAAGGGGGGUUUGAAACCUCGUGAAUUGAAAUUUACUUUCAAUAUCCUUUAUAUCCACUGAUAAUCAUUUAUAGUUUUUGUUUUGUACAUAAAGCUUCUGUGUGUAUGUAUAUGGUUAUCUUUCAUCUUUGCCCCCAAGUUUUCCUCUAUUUCUUUCUCACCCUGGGUCAAUAGGUUCCUGGAGAGUAACAUGCUGCCUGCCACUUCUGCUUAAGGGAUUUUUUUUUUUAUGUUGAAAACAUUUUUUGUUCUAUUCGAAAAUGUCUUCUUCGCUUGUUGAAAAAAUAAGGCUGCACCUGCUAAAGCAAGCCUAGAGAUCAGAGACACUUGGCACUAUAGAUAACGACAGCUGAUGUAGACCUAGUUAGGGUACAGAUGGAAACAGUAGGCCUGAUUUAGGCCAGAGUAGUAUAUGUAUAGUUAGGCCACGCUCCCUGCUGUGGCAUGCUGUAUUUAUCGAGGUCUUAUCAGUGUGAGACCUAGCCAGUCUAUGGUUGAUGGUAUUUUGUGUAUACGGACGUACACAUUGGGCUCAAAUCUUCCCGAAUUUGAGUCCCUUCAUGGAUGUGUUUGGUUUGUUUGCUUGUCACCCACCCGCACAAACAAAUCCCUCUUGUGACGGCAUCAUCAUCUCUUCACAGAGGCCUAGAGUACAAUAGGGGGCUGCUUCUUUGUAUUAUAUCAUAUGUUACUAUGUUUAGCACAUUGUACUUGAAUUCAUUUUUUUUAUGACCUCAUAAGCAUAUUUUUUUGCCGCUGCCUAUUAAAUUGCAUUUUUUUUGUUGCUGACACAUUGGAGGAAAGGAAUGUGCCGAAUGAAAAAGAGCAAGAUUAGACAUUGUGCCAUGUUUAUUAAUCUUUUGUACCAAAUGUGGUAUUUUGUUUUGCGUUGACCUGGCUCAUGUGCAUUAUUGCUAGAGCUGUUUUUUUAUUUUGUUUUCCUUUCAAUGUUCAUAAAAGCUACCUCUAAACCCAUUUACUACCAGAGGGGCGUACACCAUAUUGCAAAGCAAUAUAUAAUAGGCUCCUCUGGCAGCGCAAGGGUUACUUAAGAUGUUUUCGGUUUUAAAACACAGUUUUGUGUUAAUCUUACGUUAUGCUUAAUAUUUUCAUCUCAUAUUUUACAUGCAAUUUUGUUGUGGUGUCUUUUUUUUUCUUGCAAUUAAGCUGCAUUUAUUGCAAAAUAUAACAGGUCUAGGGGAUACUUUUUGUAGAUAACCUUGAAGGGGAAGCUAGAGCCGCAAACUAUGCUUAUAAUGAAUGGAUCUGCGUUGCAGGCCUUUCUGGCGUUUAACUGGUUAAGAGACGGUUUGCUUCUGCCAUUUUAAUCCUACACAGUGAACCUGACACGGACAUACAGAAACAAAAUAGCUCCCCAAAUUAGAGAGUUUUUUUUUUUUUUUUAUGUAGGUCUGAGGGAAGGGUGGGAGGGCAAGUGAAGGAACUGUGACUGAAACUUGAAUUUGUUAAUAGAAAGUAAAGGGUUUUUGUUUUGUUUUAUUCAUAAUGUGAAGGCGAUAAAAGUAUUAAAUUUCUCAGUAGAUAAAAUAUAUUUUUUUUGUUUCACAGUCCACCCCAAUGCAGACUUCUGCAUUAAAACAUCUAAGCUGGUUAACAAGUUCACAACGAAAUCUCAAUUUUUUGUUUUUUUCUUGAUUGGACGAUAUCGAACGCACUAGUUUUAGAGAUGGAAGAAUGUAAAUCGGCAUUUCCAGAAAUGUUUUAUUGUUUUUCCUAUUCCCAGCCCAGCCUUCUCCCUCUUGAUUACUAGGACAUUGGAAUGGGUAGACAAUAUAUUGGAAGUGAAUGAGACAAGAUUUUUGCAAAGUUGUGAUAUUUUUGUAAUAUUUGUUAGUCUUUUUUUGUCAGUUUGGACCUAAAUAUGUUUUUCUUUUGUAAUGUGAACAGGACUUUGUGUGUGUGUGCACAUGUGUGUGCUACGGGGUGUGUGCUUCUUCACACGUAUGAUCGCACUGUACCUUGCGUGUUCAAGUUUAACAAAACUCAUACAGUAUUGUGCUUAAUUGGAAGAGUCGCUUCUGCCUGGCAUUGGAAUGAGACGAUUGCUGCUGGUUUGGGAGGGGAGUCCAAAUUGAGGUCCUGUAAUCCUUAUCCGUAUCAAAUGGAGACAUUUUAAAAGUACAGGUAUGGAACCUGUUCUCUAGAAUGCUCAGGACCUGGGGUUUUCUGGAUAAAAGGAAUCUUUCUGUAAUAUGGAACCCCCUUGUAUAAAAUAAAAAUCAUCAUAAGGCUUAAUAAUAUCUUAUGGGAUCAAAUGCAGGCCACUAUUUUAUUAAUACAGAGAAAAAGGAAAUGUAUUUGUUUAAAAUGGAGCCUGGGAGAUGGCCUCCAUGUAAUUUGAAGCUUUUUAGAUAACGGAUCCUAUACCGGUAUUAUGAACCAACUUUCAUAUAAAUCUUCUAUUUCCUAGUUGACAAAUUAGACGUGCCAUCACAAUCUGCUCCAAAAACGAUUAAAGCCGUCGAACCCCUCAAACCAUAAUGCAGUAGAUCUCAUUCUUGUGCCAUACCCACCGUAAAUUGUCCCAGAAAAGGCUUGUCAAAUCUCUGUGCCUGAAUAUUUUUUUGUUUUGUUUGUUUUUGUAUUAAAAUCUACAAAAAAAAAAAUGAAAAAAAUAAAACAAUGCAGGAAAACUGCAUCCAGCUACAAAAA